AUGAGGUUGAAGGAGUGCAAGGCAGUCAUUGAUCACGAUGCGCAGAUGGUAGGGACAAUGUUUGCUAUCAUUUUGCUCUCAAAUCUAUGCUUUUCAAUCGAAGCCGAUCACAAUGUUCAUGUAGGGGCUAUUGUGGACUUUGAUACUUUGGUGGGGAAGGUGGCCAAAACUGCUAUUGAAUUAGCCGUGCAGGACGUGAAUAAUGAUCCAAAGCUUCUGAAUGGCGUGCGCCUCCUCCUGCAUAUGCGCGACGGGCAAGAAAAUUCACUCCGGGCUGCAAGCGCUGCUGUUGACCUGCUGAAAGACGAAGCAGUAGCAAUAAUCGGCCCACAAACGUCUCAAGUGUCAGAGUUCGUAUCAGAUGUGGGAGAUGCAGGCACUGUGCCGAUUGUGUCCUUCUCUGCUACGAGUCCUCUGCUUUCCAACUCCAGAUUUCCUUACUUUGCUCGCAUGGCACGGAGCGAUGCGUUGCAGAUGAAGGCCAUUGCAGCCCUCUCCAGAGUCUUCGUUGCUCACAUGAAUGCCCCUCUUGGAUUGAAAUUGUUUGCGGAGGCGCAUGAGAUAGGAAUGAUGGGUUCGGGUUAUGUCUGGAUAGCAACGGACGGCUUUACCAGUCUUUUGGAUACUCUGCUCAAUGAUUCCACCAUGGCAUCCAUGGAAGGCAUCGUUGGAGUGAAAACUUAUGUUCCCAAUUCAGGAAAGCUCAAGGAUUUCACUAAACGUUGGAAACGAAAAUUUAGAGCUGAAAACCCGGAUGAGGAUUACGCGCAGACAGAGCUCAAUCUAUACGGUUUAUUGGCUUAUGACAGCUUGCUGAUGGUGGCCAGGGCCGUUGCUAAAUUGACAUCCAAUAAUACCCUUACCCGCUUCAACUUCUUGAAGCCUUCUAGUCCUCCACUAGCACUUGGAAAUGAAACGGACUUGACAAGAAUCAGGGUGUUUCAGCAGGGGCAGCGGCUUUUGCAACACAUACUUGAAAUUAGCUUUACUGGGCUGAGCGGAGAUGUUAGACUUAAAAAUGGAGAACUAUCAGGGUCUACCUAUGAGAUGGUAAACGUGGUAGGCAAAAGUUACCGUUGCAUUGGUUACUGGACGGAGGAAAAUCAAGUUCUGUCCAGGGUUUUACCGCUUCCUCCUUACUCUACUUUAGAAAGUCUUAAGGCAGUGAUUUGGCCAGGAGGAGGAACGCAGAUUCCACGAGGUUGGGCGAUACCAACAAUCACCAAAAGGCUUCGAAUCGGGGUGCCUGUGAAGGAUGGCUUCGGGGAAUUCGUUACGGUCAACUAUGAUAAAAGCCGUAACCAGAGCAUUGUCACGGGAUUCUGUAAGGAUGUAUUUGACGCGGUUCUCAGGCGGCUUGAUUACGCCUUGCAAUAUGAUCUCAUUCCUUAUGAAACUGACACCAGUGACAAUCUCGUCUAUCAAGUUUACCGCAAUAAGUUCGACGCCCUGGUGGGUGAUAUAACAAUUUUGGCGAAUCGAAGCAACUAUGUGGAUUUCACAUAUCCCUUUACAGAAACUGGCAUGGUAAUGGUGGUGCCUAUUACUACUGGUAGAGGCAAUAAUCCGUGGGCGUUUCUCCUUCCAUUUACUGCCGACUUGUGGUGUGCAACAGUAGCAUUUUUCAUCUUUACAGGAGUUGUGGUAUGGCUCCUUGAGCGUAGAAUAAAUGCGGACUUUAGUGGAGACGCCUAUACCCAAGUGAUCACUAUUCUAUGGUAUAAACUAAUGUUAUCUGCAAGGGAGAAGAUCAAGAGGAAUUCGAGUCGAAUUGUAAUUAUAAUCUGGCUUUUUGUAGUUCUGAUAUUAAUGUCGAACUACACAGCCAAUCUCACAUCAAUCCACACAGUUCAACAAAUGACGCCAACGAUUACAAGUGUUGAGUCUGUCCGAAACAAAGGAGUUGCAGUAGGCUAUCAAACAGGGUCUUUUGUGGGUGAGUAUCUGCAACAGCAUUUCGGCAUAUCAAAAAUGAAAUUGAAAUUUUAUUCAACUCCCCAAGAAUAUGCAGAGGCUCUGACAAAGGGUCCAAAUAAUGGUGGUGUUGCUGCUGUUUUCGACGAGAUCCCGUACAUCCGGCUCUUCUUGUCUAAGCAAUGCGGAUAUAUCAUCGUGGGGCCUACCUACAGAACAGGCGGUCUUGGAUUUGUGUUUCCCAAAGGUUCUCCUCUGCUGUCAGACAUUUCGAGGGCCCUUUUAUCCGUGUCAGAGGACAAAGAAAUGCAGAAAAUUGAAGCGAUGUAUUUCAAUGACACCGUCUGCGGUAGUCCUGGAGCAGCAGCAGAUUCCAACAGGUUGAGCAUUUAUAGCUUUUGGGGGCUGUUUCUUAUUACUGGAUCCGUAUCACUCAUAGCCCUCAUUGAAUUCUUCUGCCGUCCUGUCUACGAAAAUAUGUGGACACUUAAGUAUUUCAUAAAUAUUCUGGUAUACAAUAUACUUAAUUCCAGGAGUUCCUCCACUGCUCCAAGUGGAAAUUCGGUUACCGUAUCCCCGUCUGUUGUCCCUACCAAUGGUGUUUUAACAUAA